AUGGCGCCGUCACACGUCCUCAGAUGCUGCCAGCGGGGUCUGGCUUGGAUACCGGUUAUAUUUAUCGCUUUGGUCGUGUGCUGGUCGUAUUACGCCUACGUGGUCGAGCUGUGUGUGUUCACGGUGCCGAGUUUUGGAGAAAAAGUUAUCUACCUGAUUGUUUUUCACCUCUCCUUCAUCCUGUUCGUCUGGUCGUACUGCAAGACCAUCUUCACGAGACCAACGAAUCCAACCAAAGAGUUCUGUUUACCUAAAGCCGAGAAGGAGCUUUAUGAAAAAGAAGAACGUCCUGAGACGCAGCAGGAGAUCCUAAAGCGAGUCGCGAGUGAUCUACCGCUGUACACGCGCACCGGCGCUGGAGCCAUCCGUUACUGCGACCGCUGCCAGGUGAUCAAACCGGACCGGUGCCACCACUGCUCUGCAUGCGACAUGUGCGUGUUGAAGAUGGACCAUCACUGCCCGUGGGUUAACAACUGCGUGGGUUUCUCCAAUUACAAGUUCUUCAUCCUGUUCCUGGCCUACUCGCUGCUCUACUGCCUCUUCAUCGCUGCCACCGUGCUGCAGUACUUCAUCAAGUUCUGGACAAGUGAGCUGCCCGACUCUCACGCCAAAUUCCACGUGCUGUUCCUCUUUUUCGUGGCCGCUAUGUUCUGCAUCAGCAUCCUCUCACUUUUCACUUAUCACCUGUGGCUCGUAGGAAAGAACAGAUCCACGAUAGAGGCGUUUCGAGCGCCUGUCUUCAGGAACGGACCGGAUAAGCAUGGGUUCUCUUUGGGCUUCAGCAAGAACAUCGCUCAGGUGUUUGGAGACCAGAAACGGUUCUGGCUGCUGCCGGUGUUCACCAGUCAGGGGGACGGGCUCACGUUUCCCACGCGGCUGGUCGUCACUGAUCCGGAGCAGCCGACUGUCGUCGUACAUCCUGACCAUCUGAGCCAGAGUGUUGAAGCUGAGCAGUGCAGUCCCCUGAGUGAGUCUCAGAAACAUCUGCUCAAUAACGAGCUCCAGCAUGAUCACACCGUCACUGCAGCUGUAAAGUCUGGUGAAGGCGACAGUGACUGUGUCACAGUUUCCAUGCCGACCGAGUCCUAGCCAGGGUGAGACUCUGGAGGAGAAACACAGCCAUCGAAUGAAUGUGAUGCCUUAAACAACUCCAUCACCUCUGCAGCAACGCGCGUGUCCACGUGCGCGUCCGUCCAACGUGCGGAGAAAUCCUGAUCGCGCAUCUUAUCCUCUUUUUUUUUUUUUUUUUAUCACAACAGUCGCACAUUUUAUCCUAACACUCGCUCAUGAACUUGGAGUAACGCAGUAAUGCGACUCCUAAUUUACGACCGUUUGUUGUUUACCAGAAAACGAACUGCGCACUACCGGAGUAUUGCUCGGGGUGUCCGAUCUCCCCCGGCGGUAUCUGAUCUGAUGUUUACAAAGCGGCGAGAGAUCUCAAGAGCUACAGCCAUUUAACAUCCCCGCUCCACUCGGCUCCGGCUGGGGUUUUUGGGUUUUUGUUUUUUUGUUUUGUUUUUAAGGUAAACUUAUCAAGCAGACGUGUGUCAGUUGUGUUGCAUCCAACCAAUUAUUUUGUUUUGGUUUGUUUUGUACUUAUUUUUAUUAUUAUUAUUAUUUUCCGGUAUAAUGUGUGUGAAGUUGAGGUCAUGGGAGAUCGCAUUUUUGCACAUCGUCUUUUCAGUUAGCGAACAUUUCAAUGAAAAUUGAAAUACACACACUUUAUAAUUCUUGCUCAUCAGAAACGAGCCGUUGUGUCACGCCGGUGUUAUUCGAUAGCGUAACACUAUUACAGGAGUAACAAAACAGUGAAGGUUUUGACCAAAUAUUAAAACACACACACGUUCUUUUAAACAGUGACGAAACUGGACGCUCCUGAUGAUGCAGUUGUUUAUUUCGUCUUCUUAAGAGUUUCUGUUGUUGUUUAUUAAUUAUAAUUAAUUAUAUACGAAAUGAUACCUCCAGUGUUGGAACGUUUCACCAUAAUCACUUUUUCUUCUAUUUUAAUUAAUUAAACAGUAUUGAAUAUUU